UGCGUUACACCAUACUCCGCUGUCCCUUGUUCCAUUGCCUGCAGUCUCUUGACGCGGUAUUUGAGGAUGCGAUUUGAUGAGCCGAUUGUCAAUGAGGAUCCCACCCCACAAGAAGAUGUCACGGCGGAUAACAGCAAUUUUGAUUGGCGAGAUCAUGGUGCGGUCGGACCAGUAUUGGACCAAGGAGAUUGUGGUUCGUGCUGGGCAUUUUCUGUGAUUGGGAAUGUCGAGGGUCAGUGGUUCCGUAAGACUGGGGAUCUACUAGGUCUCAGUGAACAGACUUACAGUGCAAUUGAAGAGAUGGGCGGGUUGGAGCUCCGAUCGGAUUACCCGUACACAGGAAAGGACGGAAUAUGUUAUAUGGACCAAUCGAAGUUCGUAGCCUAUGUGAACGGUUCAACUCGCUUGCCAUGGUGCGAAAAGACACAGGCGAAAUCAUUGAAGGAAAUCGGUCCACUUUCUUCUGGAUUGAAUGCCAUAUUGCUCCAAUUCUACCGAAGGGGAAUUAUUCUCCCAAUACCACUUCUCUGCAAUCCUCACAAUGUCAAUCAUGCUGUCCUUACUGUUGGCUACGGAACGGAGUUUGGAUUACCCUACUGGAUAGUAAAGAACAGUUGGGGCGUGAAGUUUGGAGAGGAAGGUUAUUUCCGCAUUUUCCGAGGAGCUGGCACCUGCGGAAUCAAUCGUAUCGUCUCCACCGCGAUUAUCAAUUAGGCUGUUUCAAUAAAUUCUCCAUACAUGCAAUACACUGGAGUUUUACUGUCCCAAGU